CGCUGUUGCCUCAAACAUUCAUGGGAAUAACUUAACGUCUCAGUAGCCAGGUCAUUUCAACAUGGAAAGGAUCCAGCAGCAGAGUUCAGACUCUCCUGAACCAAGCUGUGCGUCCAUGCAGAGUGACAGUGAGUCAUUGGCUGGCCUGAUUGAUUUUAAAGGCAAACAUGGUUCUUUGGAAAAGAGCACCCAGGUUCAGGGACCAGACUCCUCUGAACCCGGCUGUGUGAACAUGCAAAGUGACAGUGAGUCAAUAGCCGGCCUGAUUGAUUUUAAAAAUCAGCACCAUUCUGCAAAAAACAGUACCCAGGAUGAGAUGCCAGGCCAUCCACCCAGCUGUGUGUCCAUGGAUGACCAAUCAAUUGGUGGCCUGAUUGAUUUUAAAGAUCCACACCAUGCAUUUGAAAAUGUAGUUCACCAGGAGGGAUCAGAGGCUACCAGUUAUGAACCUGUAGAGAAGCAUCAACCAGAUCUGGAGUCCAUAUUUAUGCUGCUUGAAGAGACCAUCAUCCAGUUUGUGAAGAAUGAGCUGAAAACCUUUCAAAGGGUUCUCAGUUCAGAUAACAAUGAAGAUUCAGAGGAGCAGAAGAAAACAGAAGACAUGGUGGACAGUGAGGAAAAGGAGGAGCAGUGGAGGAGCAGUAGAGGGGCCUUUCUGAAGAUCACACUGAACGUCCUGAGGAGAAUGAAGCAGGAGGAGCUGGCCGACUGUCUGCAGAGCAAAGCUGUUGUUCCAGUAUGCCAAGAAACUCAAAUCUAACUUAAAAGGAAAGUUCCAGAGUGUUUUCGAGGGAAUUGCUAAAGCAGGAAACCCCACACUUCUGAACGCGAUCUACACAGA